CUUACGUUGGAGCGCGAGUUGGCCAUUCUUAUUCAGCCAUACAGGUCUUUGCGACCCAGCAUAAAUAUAGAUAGCCUCAUACAUUCUACCGGCCACAACGCAACUGUCCCUGGAUUUUCUGCUGCCACCUCGGAGGCGGCGAGCCUUGUUGGCCUUUCGCCUGCCAGUUCGCCAGCAGCAUUUCGUGAAGGUGAAGACGUAUAUCCAGGCCGCGAAAUCGCUGCUCCCUUCAAAAAUCUACAAAUAUGUCAGUCCUCGUCCUACUCCAAAUCUGUCACAACAGCUGUCUCCAUAGUUUCAUCCACACCUGCUUUAGCAUCCCGCUCCAAGUCGAGUCACUAUGCUAACGCCACAGCCCUGAUGCGCUUCUCCCCAGGGAACUCAGGACAUGCUGCAGGAAAGGCAACCAAUUCAGCAGGAACGGGGCCUCCUGAGUCAGAUUCAGGCCCAGGCUGGAAGGGAUCAUCACUUGGCUGA